AUGUCGUCACCUCCGCCUUACCAAUCGUCUUCCAACCCCCUCAAACGACCCUCGAUCUCCUCGACUUCCUCGCAACCGCUGGGCAAAAAGCAGCGCAUGCACCCGCUCCGUCAGACUUCAUUCCCGACCGGUAUUGAUCCUGAACGCAGUUUUGGUGGCACAAGUGACGCUGGAAGUGUCACUGGCAGCUACACGGGUAGUCUCGGUGGAGCAAGUGCAGAUGGUGUCUUUGCUGGUGCGGCGAAGGGAAAAAAGCGUGGGCGCAAAAGCAAGGUGGAGAAGGAGCGCGAACGGGAACAGGAUGCUCUCAGCGCCAGAGGAGGAGAGUCAACACGCUUCGGAUCUGUGGAGAAUGAGGGCUCCGUGAGAGGUGGUCCUUCUGGCGGCGGCGGUGGUGGUGGCGGCGGUGCAGACGACGGGGAUGAUGAUGAUGAGGACGACGAGGCUGAACUUUUCGGCCAGCAGGAAGGUGCUACUGAUACAGAGGCCGAGAAAAAGAACCUAGCGAUUCUGGUUGAUGCCUUCAAUCCCAUGCAGUCAGAGCGAUACGACCUCUUCAAGCGAGCGAAGCUGCGCAAAGAAACCCUUCGCCGCAUCGUCAAUCACGCUCUCUCCCAAUCCGUCCCGGCGAGCGUGGUUACAACCGUCAACGGUUUCACCAAAGUCUUCGCCGGUGAGAUGAUUGAAAUGGCCCGUACAGUUCAGACCCAGUGGGCCGACGCGCAUGAUCUCGCUGCACGGGACGCUUUCGAGGCUGAAGAAGCCGCUGCUGAAGCCGCAGCACAAGCAAAAGCCUCAUCGGGUGCUACAGCCUCCAAAACCUCAACACCAACUCCGGCUGGCACUCCGGUUCCUGGGACAGGCACCAAUGGCGUCAAAAAGGAGCCCCAAGACUCCGAUAGCACACCCACUUCUUCUCUCCCGCCCCACAACAACACGCAACCUUCGCUCAACUCAACGUCAGCCCCUCUCCGCCCAAAGCGUGAGUUCCGACCACCGCCUAACCCACAUCGAGGCCAGCUUUUACCCGCCCAUCUCCGCGAGGCGGUCAGACGAACAAAGCGAAAUGGCGAGGGUGGUGGUGUUGGUUACUCCGGAAUGAGUUUGGAGAACAUGGGGGUUCGAGGAUCUUAUACAUGGAACUCAGGAACAGCGGGUGGACGCCGACUAUUCAGAUAA